UAUGAUGAACUGAACUGAUUGUUAAUAAAGCAGACGGACAGUGAUUAUUGAGUCACUUGGUGCACGAAUCUCCGCAGCCUGCACAGCCACUGAAGAAGAUGGACAUUGAGGAGAAGAGAAAGAGGAGAAGGAAGUCACAGAGCUUUAAACUCGUCAUGGGUGAAGAGUUUGGCCCCUCAUAUGUGACUCACUCCAGUUGCAAAAAUCCUUACGGAGAGCAGGACGCUGCUGUGCCAGAUGUUUGGCCGGGUGAUGACAGCAUGGAGAUCAAGAAGCAAAUCACUGGUAUGAUGAGGCUUCUGGCAGACAAGACCAGCAGGGUGUAUCAACGUGUCGAAAAAGAGCAAGACAGCAUAUCAAAAACAUCCCCGGAUGUGACCUACGUAGAGCCUGCAGCUUCUUCAGCUCACUCAAAGGACUGGCGGGUGAACAGCUGCGACUCCACUGGGAAUGUAGCGCCUUCCGCUUUGUCCAGAGCCACUCCAAUCCAUCAUAGUCCCACCUGCAACUACUCCAGCAAGGAUAUGAUGAUUAAAGUGGAUGAUGCUCAUGAUGUCGUUCCAGGAGCCCCCUGCUGUGUGUGCAAUUGUAAGGGCACAUUGCAGGCCAUUCUGCAGGAGCUGCGUACCAUGAGGAGGCUGAUGCAGGCCCAGAGAGUAUCAUCCGACCAGCCAUGCCAACCUCGCCUUGGUCCUGGUCCUGCUCCUUACCACAGGCCCAGGAAGACGAGGCCAAUCUUUAAAGUGGCAAAGAGGGCUGUUGCUUCCUCUUUGGAGGUAUCACCGCUUACUGCUGCACCCACAGAAACCGAGAAGGGGGAGGAGUGUGGGAAAAUUUUGCUCUCAUCGAUUGGUCGCUCUGAGAUCUUUGUGCAGCCACAGCACAGUAACCUAGGAAGUAUCAACAACACACACCAACUGAAGGCACCUCAGGCCACUGAAGUACAGUCGGAGGUGCGCCUUGCUGAGGAUUAUGACGUGUUUAUCUCCAAGGCUCAGCUAGACUCCAUAUUAGUCAACUACACGCGCUCUGGAAGUCUCCUAUUCAGGAAAUUGGUGUGUGCCUUCUUCGAUGAUGCGACCCUAGCUAUCUCAUUGCCCAACGGGAAAAGGAAGAGGGGGCUUAAUGAUAACAGGAAAGGCCUGGACCCGAAUAUUGUUGGUGCCAUUAAAAUGUUUACAGAGAAAUACUGCAACGAGCACAGAAUAGAGAAGCUUCCUGGGCCACGGGAUUGGGUUCAGAUCCUUCAAGAUCAAAUCAAACUUGCCAGGAGGAGGCUGAAAAGAGAUGCUGCAGAAGACGUUUUAAAUGGACCCUCAUCAUGUAUGGUUUCUGUUCUACAAAUCUUGUGAUAAGAGCAUGCCUACGAGUGUGGGAGGGACACUACUGAUGGACCUGACUGGUUGAUUGGAGGGCAACCCCCAGGACCUAUGAUUGUUUGCAUUACCUUACUACACACAUUGUCAUUCACUGCCAAACUGCCUUGUACUUCAUUAUUUCCACCAAAGCACCAUAAAUAGAAAAAAAACCCCAAGACCAAAUCUAUCUACCAAUGUCAUAGUGUUUGUUUCUGUUGCACAAAUUGUACUUUAAAGCAGGGUUAUUCAACAAAAUUGUUCUGGGGGCCACAUUUUCAGAAGGCUAAGCACGAGGGGACCAGACUUUCUUUAAACAAAGAUCCUCUAUAUGUCAGGAGCGCUCUGCUGUUUUUAAGGACCUCCUGCAAAAAAAAAAAAAACAUUUGUGAAAGAUCACCUGUAAGACAUUAGUCAGUGAGCCUCGAUACAACACAAGCCCAAUGCUGUUUUUAAGCACCUUCUGCAAAAACGUGAGACAAAGAUCCUCUAUUUGAUAGGAGUGCUUUGCUGUUUGUAAUUGCAAAUAUGCUAGUCAAAGCUCAUCUAUAUGACACAAGCACUGUAGUACUUUUGCCAAGGUACUAGUGCAAAAAUGCUACUCAAAGAUCCUCUAUAUAUGAUGGGAGUGCACAACUCUUUAUGAAGACCUAUUGUAGAAACACUUGUCAAAUAUCUACAAUAUGACAGCAGCGCUCUGCUGUUUUUUAAAGACCUACUGUAAAAACAAACAAAAAAAACCUCUAGUCUAAGAUCCUCUAUGUACAAGUAGUGCUCUGCUGUUUUAAGAACAUACUGCAAACAUGCUAGUCGAAGAUCCUGUAAAUGACAGGAGCGCGAUGCUGUCUUUGAAGACCUAUUGCAAAAAAGCUAGUCUAUAUAACAGUGCCCUGUUUUUAGGAAUGUGCUGCAAAAAUAUUGGUCACUCCCAAGUUUUGAACUGAACUCGCGGGACAGUCUGAAGUCCUGGACCGGAUUUAGCCCUCGGGGCUGCUGAACCACCCUGCUAUAAAGUAAAGGUAGCAGGACUGUGCCUUUUUGAAUGACUUGCUGCAUUCAUCUUAUUUCCAAACAUCGAAAUAGAACAUGCCCUAUACGAUUUUUUUUGUCUGGUUAAAUUUGCACAGUUAACAUUAUAGUUAUGAUUAACUUUUCAUCUUUGCACCUGGAUGCUGUCAGACAUUUUGUUGUUUAUGUGAUGGAGCUAAAACAGUUUUAUAUGCCUUUACUGUGCACAUUGCUUUAUCAAUAAAUGUUUGAUAUUUUU